UAUGGCACCCGCUAAUACCCCAACCCUCAUUGGUCCACCGGAAAUCUACCAUUCCCAAUCCAAAACCUCCGUCCCACCGCCUUCAACCGUCGUUUCCCAUCCAUUCAUCGAUGCCAUGGUCUCCAACUUCAACUCCAUCGCCACCUACUCCCCCAAUACACCGCCGCCCAUGAUGGGUUACACCGAAAACAUGUCUGCUACGUAUCUCUCAACCGGCAACCCUUGUCUCGAUUUCUUCUUCCAUGUUGUCCCCGACACUCCACCCGAAUCUAUAACCCAACGCCUGAAAGAAUCAUGGGACCACGACCCGUUGAAAACUUUGAAACUGAUUUGCAAUCUUCGCGGGGUUCGAGGGACGGGAAAAUCAGAUAAAGAAGGGUACUAUACCUCGGCUUUGUGGCUCCAUAAAAACCAUCCAAAAACUCUCGCCUGCAAUGUGGAUUCUUUGGCGGAGUUUGGGUAUUUUAAGGACUUGCCAGAGAUACUGUAUCGACUUUUAGAAGGAGCUGAUGUUCGACAAAAAGCAAAAGAGGAACGUAUGCAACGAUCCGAAAAUCGGAGGAGGCAUCUAAAACGAAAUAAAUGGGUAGAUCCGCGGGAGCAAAAACGUACUAGACGAGGGGUACAUUGGCGCCGCCCCAGGUAUCAAAUAAGAAUACGUAGUGGGCUGAGAACCUCAUCAAAACCGCGCCGUCCAAGGUAUCACAAAAUAGCGAAUAAGUAUCGGAGUGCAAAGAGGAGAGUGCCACAAGAGGUAAGGAUUAUGCAGGAGAUGAUGAAAGUGGAGACCCAGAAGUCAACAGCAAGCAAGAUCAGAAAAGACAAGAAGAUCAAGAUGGCUACAAAGCUUAUCCGACGGUAUAACGCUGACCCAGAUUUCAAGUUCUUACACGACCGUGUCUCGGAUCUAUUCGCUGGACUUCUGAGAUCUGACAUCAAGUUUUUGGAAGAAGGAAAUUUGAGAAAAAUCAGUCUUGCUGCCAAAUGGUGUCCUUUAAUAGAUUCAUCUUUUGACAAGUCAACUUUGUUAUGCGAAAGCAUUGCAAAAAAAGUCUUCCCUAGACAAGAGUACUCGGAAUAUGAGGGCGUAGAAGAAGCACAUUAUGCUUAUCGUGUCCGUGAUAGGCUAAGGAAGCAAAUUUUGGUGCCUCUACGAAAAGCUCUGGAGCUUCCGGAGGUUUACAUAGGAAAGAAUCAAUGGAGCUCGAUCCCAUAUAACAGAGUAGCGUCAGUAGCCAUGAAGUGGCGCAAAGAGCAGUUUCGAAAGCACGAUGGACCAAGGUUUGAAGAGUUCCUUGAGAAUGUGAGGUCGGGUAAGGCCAAGAUCACAGCGGGUGCAUUGCUACCAUACGACAUCAUAGAGUCUCUGGAAGAUGGCGACGGUGGUGAGGUGGCAGAGCUUCAAUGGAAAAGAAUGGUGGACGAUAUGGCAAAGAAAGGAAAGUUGAACAACUGCAUGGCCAUAUGUGAUGUUUCGGGUAGCAUGUCUGGGAUUCCCAUGCAGGUUUCUGUGGCUCUUGGAAUUCUUGUUUCUGAAUUAAGCGAGGAGCCGUGGAAAGGAAAGCUUAUUACAUUUAGUGCAAACCCAGAGCUGCAGAUGGUGGAAGGAGAUGAUCUGAGAUCCAAGGUUGCAUUCGUGAAAAGGAUGGAAUGGGGGAUGAACACUAAUUUCCAGAAGGUGUUUGAUCUGAUUCUUGAAGUGGCGUCGAAAGGAAAAUUAAGGGAAGAUGAGAUGAUCAAGAGGUUGUUUGUAUUUAGUGACAUGGAAUUUGACCAAGCUUCACGGACUCCUUGGGAAACGGAUUAUCAAGCGAUUCAGAGGAAGUUUACACAGAAAGGGUAUGGAGGAGCGGUGCCAGAGAUAGUGUUUUGGAAUCUUAGAGACUCACAUAGUACUCCGGUGACAAGGAAGCAGGAAGGGGUGACGCUUGUCAGCGGGUUUUCAAAGAAUCUGAUGACCUUGUUCAUGGAAGGAGCAAGGAACUUGAACCCUGAGGGUGUCAUGGACAGUGCUAUUUCCGGGAAGGAGUACCAGAAACUGGUGGUGGUUGAUUAAUGUAUAUGUAUUGAUCUAGUAAUUGUAUUAUAAUCAGCAGAUUAAGUAUGA